AUGUGGUUGAAUGAGUACCGCCUCUUAACGCCGUCGCCUUGGAAACCAGUAGUAACUAAUACACCAGUUAGGUGACAGGGAGACAUGGAGCUUGAGCCAACAGGGAGCAGCGAUCCUGCUCUGCCCGACUCUGUGCAGGAGGAAAGGGAUGCAGACACUGGAGUGAGAGAAAAUGAAGUCAGUGAGCCAACCAGAGGGGAAGAACAUGGAAAAGAGUCAGAGACUGGUGAUGAUAAUAGAAGGAGUGCUGGCAUUAAAGAUGAAGCAGAAAUUGGAGAUGAUAAUGGAAGGAGUGCUGGCAUUAAAGAUGAAGCAGAGACUGGAGAUGAUAAUGGAAGGAGUGCUGGCAUUAAAGAUGAAGCAGAGAUUGGAGAUGAUAAUGGAAGGGUUGCUGACAUUGAGGAUGAAGCAGAGUUAGCACACAGUGGAGAGGAAGGCCCCUCGGAGAUGGUUGACUUGCCAGCAGAAGGCAGCGUGUUGGAAACCCAUGGUGAUGGAGCUGGGAGCAGAUCCUCUGUCCAUAGCAGGGAAGAUACCACAGAGAGAGCGGAGGAAGAGGCAACUACAGUAGAGGAAGUGGCAGUGUCUGGGGAAGAAGUAAUGGACACAGCAGAUUUAGCAUCAGUAAAGCAGUGGAAUGAUAGCACAGAGCCUUCUCUGGAACAGGAGCCCACUGCAGGAGAAGAGGAGGUAAAAGUAGAAGCAGAGCCCCAAAUACUAAUAGACAAUGUGGAAGUCCUGGAGGGGGAGGAGGAAGAUCCUGAUGAUAAAGAAAGAAGAGAAGAACUCAUUCAGCAAUACCAAGCCCUAAUUCAAGAACGGGAUAAGGUCCAGCAACACAAUGCACAACUCCAGAACAAACUCUAUGAAUAUUUCAGACGCAAGAAAGGAGAAGAUCUGCGACCAGAGACAGAAAAACGCAUCUCAGACCAGGAACAACGAUACCUCAAGUAUCUGACUUCUCUGGAGGAAAUGAAAAAGAAGAACAUGGAGGACGCAGCUAUGCAUCAGCAGCAAAUCGAAGAACUCGAGGCUCAGUGCCUGGAAGUAGUAAGUAGGGUGGACAAGGAGAUGGCCUCUUUUCAAGAGCAUAAGAAAAGUGUAGCUCUGCUUGCGUAUAAGCACUUUGGGGCUGGGAAACACGCAUCCUCUGCCUUUACUGAAGCACUGGCCCAGCUGCAGGCCAAAGAGGAUCGCAAGGAAAAGGAGGUCACACAGGUUCACCUGGAAAAUAUAAAGCUGAAGAAUCAGAUCAGUCAGUUCCAAUCCACAUUGAGAUCCAAGGAAGAGCUGGCUGAGGGGCUGCACCUAAUCGACUUUGAGCAGCUGAAGAUUGAAAAUCAGACCUACAAUGAGAAGAUCGAAGAGAGGAACGAAGAGCUACUCAAGCUCAGGAAGAAGAUCACAAGCACAGUCCAUACUCUGACUCACGUCAAGGAGAAACUGCAGUUUAUGCAGGCGGAGAAUCAGGAAAAGAAGGACCAACUAAUGGAGGUAGAGGCGGUUUUGGCUAAUAAAAGGGAUAUUCUGACAAAAACCAAACAGGCCAGAGACAGCUUAAGGAGGGACAAUUUAAAGCUGAAACAAAGAAGUGGCCUGUUGGACAACAAGCUGCUUCUAAAGGACUUUGAAGACAAAGUGGAUGAAACAGAAGUCCUGUCCCAGAAGCUGGAAAGCCUAAAGCGCCGCCAUGCUGAGCUCUCACUGUCUGGUAAAGGGUUAAUGAAGAAGAUAGAGGAAGGAAAUCUCGCCUUGAAAAACUAAUGGCACCUUUGCAUAGUUCCAUCAACUACAUUGGCUUUGGAAGUGGCCUGGCACUGAUAUCUCUAAAGUGGUAUAAAGACAGGUACUACUGUUAUAUAUUAAAUAUCGGCAUGUA